AUGUUCUUCUUAAGAAAACAACCACUACCCUUAGUACUGCUAGUACCACUCAUCAUAUUCAUACAACUACUACUACCAGAAGCGGUGUUUUCCUACACAGUGGCUGCGGAGUCUCCAACACUGCAGAAAGUCACUUUGGUGGCUCGAAAUGGUGCACGUGGUCUAAUAAACCUCACAGAUACAAGUUUGACAUGUGAUGGAUGCACGUUAUCCACCGCCGGAAAGCAGAUGUCUGUUCAACUUGGUCAAUUUCUUCUCUCUCGCUAUACAAAUCCACUAGACCUUGGAGAUCGUUUUAAUGCUACACUUGUGGGUUUUCAUGCAACAGGAACAGAAAGGACUAUCAUCACAAGUGAGGCCAUUACAAUGGGAAUGUAUCCAAACGCCUUUCCGUUGGUGAAAUACAAGCCUGAAUCUCAUGAUGAGCUUUUGGGAUUCACAAAGAGUUGGCCUUCUUGGCUUUUGCGGGAUGUGUGGAAAGAGAAACUUCACGCAGAUGAUGCAUGGGCGAUAAAUAUGAUUGGUGAAAGAAACAUCACUACACUUUCUCAAUUUCUCCCACCAAAUCACGGCGGAAUGUGUAUGGAAUCCCCCUCAUUAUGUGCUCUUUAUGUCUAUGAUAGUUACUGUGUUAAUGCUUCUGAAGAUGUUAAGGAUCCAACGCUGCAGCCUCUCUUGGGAGCAUUGGAGAGUGUCAGUAAACGAUUUGCGUGGCGUCUCUACGGUGUAAAUCCCGGUAAUGAGGUGGAUGAAAACAUAGGGCCUUUGGCAGGUCCGUUAAUUCGUGAUAUUAUGAAAGAAUUUGUUUCCACAACAUCUAUGAUAAAGUUUACGGUUAAUGUUGCCCCAAUGUCUGUUGUAUUUGCGACUCUCUGUAAUUUAGGUGUUUUUAACGCUACUAACUCCUUAGAAGAGAGUUCUAUUCAUAUGCCAGGUUUUGCUGAUGCCAUUGCAUUUGAAUACAGUACUACCGCAACCCAGCAAUACAUAAAAGCUUAUCUAUUCAAGUACUCUUCCGAUAACGGUGAUGUUAAGGAAGGUGCUACAGGUAAUAAUUAUACGGCUAAUUUACUCUCAAUAAGUUGUACAGAUAAACAGGGAAAUAUUUACUUUUCUGAUACAAAUCCUGAUGGCUGUUCUGUGGAAGAUGUACUCCGUUACAUUGAAUCCCAGGGGGGAUUGGAAGGAAAGUGUUAUGUUACCGACUCGGCUCUCACAAGCGCUGAUUGUGACAGUGAAGACGCCCCCGCUGCAGACUCUCUCUGUUACUUUUAUCGUUCCGAGUGCCCUGGAGCACAGUGUGGACCCAUAGGCGGGGCUAUUGCGGAUCCCUCAAGAGGGCUUGCGUGUCAAGACGCACAGUUAAACAAGAAUACACCUUAUUUAACGGCUACCAUUGUAGCGAUUGGGGCACCAUGCUUGCUCGCUGGAUCUAUGGCGGGUUUCUAUCUUUCUAGCCGUAUUCGGAGGCUUUUUAGCUUUCUAAGGAAAUCCACUCAUGAAUAG